CGGUCCAUGGCCAGUGGGAAUCAGACAAUGGUCACUGAGUUUCUCUUCUCUGUGUUUCUUCAUCUGCAUGGAAGUAGUUUAUUGUUCUUUAUUCCAUUGCUCCUCAUCUAUGGAUUUAUCAUAACUGGGAACCUAGUGACAUUUAUUGUCAUCCAGCUGGAUAUAGCCCUGCACACCCCCAUGUAUUUCUUCAUUAGUGUCCUCUCCUUCCUGGAGAUCUGGUAUACCACAACCACCAUCCCCAAGAUGCUCUCCAGCCUGGUCAGUGAGCAGAAGACCAUCACUCUGGGAGGCUGCCUCAUGCAAAUGUACUUCUUCCACUCUAUUGGUAUCACAGAAGGUUUUGUCCUGACACUGAUGGCCAUUGACAGGUACAUAGCUAUCUGCAAUCCCCUCCGAUAUUCAACUAUCAUGACUUUCAAUCUUUGUAUCCAGCUGACAGCUGGAUCCUGUCUUUGUGGCUUCCUCUUUGUACUUCCUGAGAUUGCAUGGAUUGGCACACUGCCGUUUUGUGGCUCCAAUGAGAUCCAGCAGAUCUUCUGUGACUUCACACCUGUGCUGAGCUUGGCCUGUACAGAUACCUCCUUGGUGGUCAUUGUGGACGCCAUACAUGCAGCGGAGAUUGUGGCCUCCUUCCUGGUCAUUGCCCUAUCAUACAUCAAGAUCAUCAUGGUGAUCCUGCGGAUACCCUCAGCUGAGGGUCGUCACAAGGCCUUUUCCACCUGCGCUGCCCACCUUGCAGUGUUCUUGCUGUUUUUUGGUAGUGUCGCUGUCAUGUAUUUGCGCUUCUCAGCCACCUACUCCGUGUUUUGGGACACAGUCAUUGCUGUCACUUUUGUUAUCCUUGCUCCCUUCCUCAAUCCCAUUAUCUAUAGCUUGAGAAACAAAGACAUAAAAACUGCUAUUGAGAAGCUUUUCUGCUAUCAGAAGGGAGCGGUUAGGGUUGAGAGGUAG